AUCCCAUUUUUUACAAAAUGAAAGUAACUUUAUCAACCUGUAUAAACUUUACAAUAAAAAUUAGUCUUAUAUCCUACAAUUAAACCUUAAUGCAUGUAAAAGGAAAGGGAAGAGUCAAUAGUUUAUAAACUUAUUUUGUAGUAGUUUUGCAAAGCAGCGUUAUUGUGAAAAGUCAUGUGGAAAGCCAGUCCAAGGUGUGUCAGUGGCGCUGCCGUCAGUAAACUUCUACAGUGUACAAUUUCCGACAAACCAAGUAAUGAUUACGAUUUCUGUGAAUGGCUGUGGACAGAAACAAAAGACACCAGGAUGAAAGCAUUAAACACCAACUUUGUUCAAGGCGUUAAAAAUGGAAUGCUCCAUCCAACGUCUUUUGGGGCUUACACAGUGCAAGAUGCAGUGUAUUGCCAAAAAGCACAGGAAUCUCUUUCAGUGGCUGCAAAACGAGAAGAAAUGGGUCCAUUAAAAAUAUUUCUAGAACAUGAAUCGACUGAUUACAAAAGCUAUUACGAAGAAUUAUUUGACAAAUGGCACAUAAGAGAUGGAACAGCCAUCGAUUUGGGAAAAGAAUGUCAAGAAUAUGUUGAUACUGUGGCGGAUGUGGCAUCUAACGAUGAUGCGUAUUACAUGUUAGUGGCAUUAAUUCCAUGCGGACGUUUAUGGCCAUGGCUUGGACAACAGUUGACUGAAGCUAAGCAUGAUUUUGGAGCAUAUACUGACUGGGUCAAUGCGAAUUUUAAUCCCUCUUCUGACGGAUAUAAGAAGUUGGAAGUCCGUGUGAAUGCUGCUUUCUCGAAGCAGGAAAUAGAUGAAAAGAAAGCUCUGGGUAUAUAUUCCAAAUGCAUGAAUGGAGAAGCUAGCUUUUUUGGAUCAGUACCGAUAUAAAGACAUUCAGCUUUGUUGUUUUUCAUUCAGAUUAGAUGAUAAGAAAUAAAAAAAGAAAUUGUAAAUUAAAUCAAAUUUAAAUAAAGGUGAAAUAUAA